AGUAAACAUUAUGUUUAAAAUUGCUAAAACAACAAAUUUAGAUUGUUCUUAUAUAUUAUGCAAAUAAUAAAAAUACGUGACAUUGUCGAGUUGGCUUAAAAUAUAUUGCCAUUUUAUAUGCAACUGUAUUUAUGGUCGUAAUUAUAACAUUAACCUCAAGAAAUGACGCCUGACGAAUUCAGUAGAGUUUGUAGAGUGUGCAUGAUAGAAAAUGGCGAAAUAGAUAUAUUUAUUAAUGCAUUAGAAGAUACUAGUUUAAUUCAGGAUGCGAUUGUUAUGUUGACUUCUUUAAAGAUUUCAGAAAAUGAUGGCUUCCCAAAGCAAAUUUGUUCCAUGUGUUUAGAAGAAUUAAGAGUAGCUGCUUCAUUUAGAGAGAAAUGUCUGAAAUCAGAUAGAAAAUUACAUGUGUGUUACUCUAAUUAUAUCUCGAUAAAAAAUGAAAUAGAUUUGGAAGACAAGAAUAAAAAUCAUCAUGUUGAUCAUGAUUACGCUGAAAACAUAGACGUACCUAUUAGUUCCUUAUUCAAUCAGGAAGUAAUAAUAAAAUCAGAACCUCAUAAUGCUGAAGUCGAAUAUAAUUGUCAGUUUUGCAUAGAUACUUUCUCAUCUGUACAAGAGCUUGAAAAGCAUGUAAAAAAGCACAAGAAAAAUAAAUCAUAUCAGUGUCAAGUGUGCUAUAAAUUAUUUACUCAGAAAUCGCACCUUCAAAGACAUUUAUUAAUACAUACAAAUGUUAAACCUUUUUCUUGUGACAUUUGUAAAAAGAGUUUUAAACAAAAACCACAUUUAGUAAGGCACAUUUCGCUACAUACUGGUUUCAAGCCUUUUCAGUGUGAAGUUUGUGGAAAAAAAUUCGUGACCCCAUCUGAUUUAAAUAAACAUUUAGUGAUUCAUCUGGGCACAAGACCAUUUCAGUGUGAAAUUUGUGGAAAAUCUUAUAAUAAUACAUCUGACUUAAAUAAACAUCAUGCUAAAAUACAUAAUAAAAAUCCUGCAAGACUCAUGUGUGAAAUAUGUAAAUUGAAAUGCGAGACGAAGAAGGAGUUAAACCAACAUAUGCUAGUGCAUUGUAAUUCCGAAAAGAUCUGGACUAAAUUGAAUAUAAAUACUAAAAACAGAAGAAGUGAAAAAGAACUUUGAUUUCUUCGAAAUAAGUGAGUGGUUGUUUAAAUUCUAAGAGAUAUAUAAUUUUAUAUCAUAUUUUUAAUUAUAUACUUCAUAUUGAAGAAAUAAUUGUUUCAUAAUGACAAUGGAUAAAAAAUAUUG